CUGCACGUUUUUAGUUGUCUCGGUUAUUUAUUAAAUACAUGAAUGAUACAUUAACAUGGUAUAUAUGUCAAUAAAAUUCAUGGUAACUUCGUGACGUUGUAGGAUUCAGAUAUCCAGACCAUAAAAUUCUCCAAAGUAAUAGAAAUUAAAAAAUUUGAAUCUAAUAGUACAAUUAUUGUCCUUUGAAUUUAAUUACCUUACAAGCUUCGAUCCUUUUAUUCUUGUUUCCAAAUCUGUGUAUCAAUUGCAGAUUUCAUAGUCAUCGUACUAGUUUAUAAUAAGUACACUACGAGUUCCACAGGAAAAAACUCACAUGCUGCAGAGACAACUUAUAGUAGUUCUUCCAAGUGGACGUCCACAGAGGAAAUAAACGAUUUCUUUUUAGGAAACAUGGCAAUAGAGAAACAAAGUAUAUACUGCACGCAAUUAUUAAUUCUUUAUGCAACCAGAGACAAGACUUGACUGAUCAUUCCGAGAAACCGUCUCCUGCACCCUUUUUCAAUUUCUGAUGACUGUAGCUACUGUGUCUCCUAGAAAUACAUAAUGUAUCGAAAAAGGGUGAUUCUCAGUCGGUUGAAAACACUUGUAGCACUUAUUCCCUGUCCCUCGUUAAUAUUUAAUAGUUCAACAUCCGCGUAAUAUUUUUUCUUGAAGGUAAAUAGACAUGAUAUAAGCUUCUCCAUAAAAUAGAAAAGAAAAUAUUAGUAAUACAGGAGGGUUGAAAUAGCAUUCAUGAAAUGUGUAAUGUCAGUUGCAAUUUUCCGGCAUCAAUAAUUGCGAUGACAAAGUGUUCUGUCUACUCGAAGACCGUUUCUGAAAUAAACGAUAAGCUACGGAGAUGUCGUCAGUUCGUAACUGUUACUGAAGAAUGUGGAUAGAUUUUAGUUUUUGGAUCUUCUGAAAUUAUUCGAGUAACCAGUGCACCAAAAUUUCUGUGUUCGCGUCUCAUGAAACGAAAAAUAAAAUCUUGUCAAACAUCUUAACUUUUGCUCUUACAAUUUUACAUAAAGAUUUUCCUCUUACAACUUUGUGGAUUUACUCGAAAAAGCAUGGAAACAUUACGGUGGACUCGUGUCAUGCUCAGCUUGAGUGGCUGUUGCUUAGAAUUCUACAUUUACACGCCUCUUCAGAGGUUUCUGUAUCAAAUUUACACGAUUGUGGCGAAAAUGCUUUUGUACAGUCUACUCAUCCUUCAAACACUAGACAUUGUACUCAUCGUCGAAAAUCGAGACGAAUUUACGGAAAAUAUCGCUAUUACGUCUAUGGCGUUCAACGCCCUCAUGAAGAACACUAUGAUGUCUACGCAUCGUGCGAAUAUUUUAACUUUAAUCAAAAGACUGGAGAGAAAUUAUUUUCUGCCUAUCACUAAACAGGAGAUGGAGAUUCGAUCGAGGUUCGACAGGAUAAUCGAAUCGACUUCGAAGGCAUAUACAGCACUACUCGGCUUCUUCGCGUUCUUAGUACUCUUCAUGACAAUAGUUAUCGGCUUCAACAAAAGAAAAUUGGUUUUCCGAAUGUGGCUACCGUACAACUACUCGUCCGCACGUCUCUACAUACUCACCAGCGUGUAUGAAGUCAUGGUCACCUCGUACGGUGUUUCGGUAUCCAUUGCUUGUGAAUGCCUCUACACCGGACUGAUACUUCACGUUUGCUGUCAGUUCGAGAUCCUCGAACAUCGUUUCAAAAUGCUGAACACGAAUCCUGUCUACACGGUGAACCAGUGUGCUUCUCAUCAUCAUCUCAUAUACAAAUACGCGGAAGCUGUUAACGAGGAGUUCAAGGGAAUCGUGUCGUUCCAAUUUUUCAGCAGCAUGUCGAUGAUAUGUCUGACUAUCUACCAAUUGCCGUAUGCAGAGAACUCUGCGACGUUCUUGGCGACAGCGAUGUUCUUGAUGUGCGUGUUUUUGCAGAUAUUUUAUUACUGUCUUUGCGGCAAUGUAGUGAAAGCAAAGAGUGCCGAAUUUCCUGACGAAAUUUUCAGCAGCGGCUGGCCAUCGUGGAACGAUAGCUCCAAGAAGGUUUUAUUGAUGGUCAUCAGACGUUCGAAAACUCCCAUCGAAUUUACUAGUAUGCAUAUUGUGACUCUGAGUCUGGAGUCAUUCAUGUCGCUGCUGAAAACCUCUUACUCCGCGUUUAACCUCAUGUCAACUACUCGGUAA